AUGAAACAAUUAAAUUUUGCUGCAUCAAUAUUUUUUGGAGUUUUUCUUUUGACAAUUUCGGUCUUAUCAGUUUCUGUAAUAUAUGACUGUACAUAUGAAAAAGAUCCGUGUAAGAUUGAUUUGACGAUCAAAGAUCAUAAAUGUGAACAUGAUGGCUGCGGUGAACAGCCAGUUGUAGUUGUUUACGACACUAAUAGUAAGAUGCCUAAUUGCUCGGAAUUUCCUGCCCCAACUAUUUAUGUGAGACCAAGGCAGCGGAUUCAAGUAUUAGUAAGAAAUGAGCUUAAUGAAAUGACUACAAUCCACUGGCACGGACUUCAUAUGAGGAAUACGCCGUUUUCAGACGGUGUUCCGGCUAUAACUCAAUGUCCAAUUCAACCUGGUAAAUCAUUUCUGUACGAUUUUUAUGCGAAUGAUGAACCUGGCACUCAUUGGUAUCAUUCACAUUAUAAAACUCAGCGUAUGGCCGGAUUUUAUGGCUUGUUUAUUAUUAAUGAGACUGAUACUAGCUAUAAAGACUAUACGGAACACAAUAUAAUUAUAUCAGAUUUGUAUCACGAAAAUACGCAAAUUUUAUUAGAUAAUUACCAAUAUACGACCAGCGAUUCACCUUAUGGCAAAGUAGCAAAAUACGAGCCAAUUCCGCACUCAAUUCUUAUUAAUGGUCAAGGUAAAGGAAAUUGUAAAAAAAAUUGUAAUCGUACUGAACAUUGUGAAGAAAAUUGUACUGGAACCUCGGAAGUAAAUUGUCUUGAAUCCUGUGAAAAAAUUUGUUAUACUUCAGCCGACACUGGAAUAGUGUACGACUUGUCAAAAGGAGAUAAACAUCGAUUUCGUAUAAUUAAUGCCGGUGCGCUAAUGGAAUACCACUUCUCUAUUGAUAAUCAUACAUUACAAAUCAUCGAGGUUGAAGGGCAGUAUGUCGAGUACGUCAAUAAAUCAGAAUCAGUCCAUCAUUUACCUAUUCAUCUUGCACAGAGAUACUCAGUGAUUGCCACCCGAGACAAAACAGCACAGAACAUAACCAAAUUUUGGAUGCGCAUUCAGACGAGAACCGAUUGCCUUCGGGGAUAUACACCUUGUUGUCAAAAGCAAAGAGUGGUUAGUAACAUUCUAGCGACUGUUAGGUACGAUUCCUCUGGAGGAAAACCAGAUACAAUACAGGAUAGAUGGAUUGACAAUAGCAAUUUGCGAAGAUGUGGUGGUUUUAAUCUGUCUAUGUUGGCACCAAAAAAUCUAUCAUCAUUACCACCAUCAACAGUAAAUAAAACUUUCAAUUUGAACGUUUUCAUGUUAGCAGAUACUGAUUACAUUGAUUCAGGAGUUUACAGCUUAACCACAGUCGGGGAGGCGUAUGAAGGUAAUAACCCCAAGAAGUAUAUUGCCUACGAUGAUUUCCAUAAUACAUUGGAUAGUGUAUAUGCUGGUGUAUCUUCUUGGCCAUCUACUCAGAAUAUUAUUACAUUGGAUACAAGAGACCAAUUAAUUGAAGUUAUUAUACGCAAUUUUGAUGAUAUCAGUCAUCCUUUCCAUUUGCAUGGGCAUGUUUUUUGGGUUAUGAAGGUCUCUGAUUCCCGGGUAACCGAAACUUUCAAAUAUCCGAUUAUGCGUGACACCACAACUAUUCCAGGGAAUGGUUGUGCAGUAAUUCGAUUUGUGGCGAAUAACCCUGGAGUUUGGGCUUUCCAUUGCCAUGUCGAAUGGCACCUUGAAGUUGGAAUGUUGGUCCAAUUUCUUGAACUUCCAGAAGAAAUUAAAUUUUUAAGAAAACCAACACCGGCACCAUGGGCGUUAGAGGCUAAUCCGGAUAUAAAGUAUUGGGACAAUCUGUGUUCCACCCAAUAA